GGGGACCGGCCGGGCCAUGGGCGCCGGGGGCAGAGGCGGCGGCGGCGGCGGAGGCUGCCAGGGCGGCGGCGGGGGCUGGCAGCGCGGGACGCGGGCCGCGUAGCGCCGGGCGGAGCGCGGAGCCAUGGGCCGGGCUGGCACCGGGACCUGGGGCGAGGCGGUGGCGGCAGUGGUGGCGGGGCCGCUGCUGCUGCUGCUGCUCGCCCGGCCCCCGCCUUCCGCCGCCGGCGACAGCAGGAAGAGCGAGCCGGGGCUGGUGUCCGAGCACUUCUCGCAGGCUCCACAGAGGCUGUCCUUCUACAGCUGGUACGGCAGCGCCAGGCUCUUCCGCUUCCGCGUGCCCCCAGACACCGUGCUGCUGCGCUGGCUUCUGCAGGUCUCGAGGGACAGCGGCGCCGCCUGCACCGACGCAGAGAUCACCGUACACUUCCGCUCCGGCGCCCCUCCUGUCAUCAACCCGCUGGGCACCCGCUUCCCUGACAACACGUCGGUGCAGCCCUCCUUCCAGGUCAGGGUGCCACUGAGCGCCGCACCGCUAAGCAACGUCUCGGUCAACGUUUCCCACCCGGCCCCCGGGGACUGGUUCGUGGCCGCCCACCUGCCCCCCUCAUCCCAGAAGAUCGAGUUGAAGGGCUUGGCUCCCACCUGUGCCUAUGUCUUCCAGCCUGACAUGCUGGUCAAGCGGGUGGUUGAGAUUUCCAUCGUGAAGCCGGAUGUGCCCCUUCCUCAGACCCUCGUCUCCCACCCCAGCUACCUCAAGGUCUUUGUCCCCGAGUACACACGGGAGCUUCUGCUGGAGCUGCAGGGCUGCGUGUCCAACGGGAGCCUGGGCUGCCCCAUGCGUCUCACCGUGGGCCCGGUCACCCUGCCUGGCAACUUCCAGAAGGUGCUCACCUGCGCCCGGGCCCCCCAGCCCUGCCGCCUGCUGCUGCCCUCGCCGCCCUGGGACCGGUGGCUGCACCUGACAGCUGAGAGCCUGGUGGGGCCCCACGGGACAGUGGCUUUCAGCGCCGUAGCCACCCUCACAGCCUGCAGGCCGUGGAGUGUGACCGUCCAGCCCCUCCUGCAGAGCGGCCAGAACCAGACCUUCAACGCCUCUGCUGGUUGGCCGUCCCCAGGCCCUGAGCACCCGGACCUGGGCAGGAGUGGCGGCGCGGGUGGCGGCCCCUUCUGCCUCAGGAACCACCCGGUCACACGGGAAGACACGGACGUGGUGUCUGUGCACUUCCAGCCCUUGGACAGGCUCUCGGUGGCAGUGCGUGCGGACACGCCCUCCGUCAUGCGGCUGCGCCUCAACACCGGCAUGGACAGCGGCGGCUCCCUCACUGUCUCCCUGCGGGCCAACAAGACAGAGAUCAGGAAUGAGACCCUCGUUGCGGCCUGCGUGAAUGCCGCCUCGCCCUUCCUCAGCUUCAACACCUCGCUCAACUGCACCACAGCCUUCUUCCAGGGACACCCCUUGUCUCUGAGCGCCUGGUCUCACAAGGCCAACCUCAUCAUCCCCUACCCAGAGACGGACAACUGGUACCUGUCCCUGCAACUCAUGUGCUCUGAGAACGAGGAGGACUGUGAGCAGGCCGCCGUCCAUGUGGAGACCACCUUGCAGCUGGUGCCCUGUUUGAACGACUGUGGACCGUAUGGCCAGUGCCUCCUGCUCCGCAGACACGGCUACCUGUAUGCCGGCUGCAGCUGCAAGGCAGGCUGGCGUGGGUGGAGCUGCACGGACAACAGCACGGCCCAGACGGUGGCCCAGCAGAAGGCAGCCACACUGCUGCUGACGCUCAGCAACCUCAUGUUCCUGGCCCCCAUCGCCGUGUCAGUGCAGCGCUUCUACCUGGUGGAGGCCUCCGUCUACGCCUACACCAUGUUCUUCUCCACGUUCUACCACGCCUGCGACCAGCCUGGGGAGGCCGUGCUGUGCAUCCUCAGCUACGACACGCUGCAGUACUGUGACUUCCUGGGCUCCGGGGCGGCCAUCUGGGUUACCAUCCUGUGCAUGGCGCGGCUCAAGACAGUGCUGAAAUACGUGCUGUUUCUCCUGGGCACACUGGUCAUCGCCAUGUCCUUGCAGCUGGACCGCAGGGGCAUCUGGAACAUGCUGGGGCCCUGCCUCUUUGCCUUUGUGAUCAUGGCCUCCAUGUGGGUGUACCGCUGCGGGCACCGGCGCCAGUGCUACCCCACCUCGUGGCAGCGCUGGGCCUUCUACCUCCUGCCCGGCGUCUCCAUGGCCUCCGUGGGCAUCGCCAUCUACACCUGCAUGAUGACCAGCCACAACUACUACUACACACACAGCAUCUGGCACGUCCUGCUGGCCGGGAGCGCGGCCCUGCUGCUGCCACCGCCCACCGGGCCCGCCGAGCCCUGGGCCUGCUCGCAGAAACUCCCCUGCCACUAUCAGAUCUGCAAGAACGACCGUGAGGAGCUGUACACAGUGACGUGACACCGGCCCGGGACCCCCGCUGCUCCGACACCCUCUUCAGCCAGGAGCUGUUAUGGGGAGGGGGGAGGCACCCCGUCCAGCCCUGGGGAAGACUGAUUUCCAGCUGAAUAAAAUUGGCCCGCGCACCCUC